UCCAUUGAUUCAGGAGUUCGCCCGGAUGCAGCUUCAGGCAGUCGACGCACUUCCCACAGCUCUCUCGGGAAGUGUCAGUGCCAGCAUCAGUGCUAUGCAGCUUCAGCCAACGUGAGAGAGAGAAUCCGGCGGGAACAGGCUUCUGACGAGUUCGUACGAGUCAUGGAGGCCAAAGUCUGCGCCGGAGGCGUCGAGGGUUUUCAGUUAGGUUCAGAUGGUGCCUUAGGGUUCAGAGGCAGGAUCGUGGUCCCGAAAGUCGAGGCGUUGCGGAAGGAGAUAUUAUCAGAGGCUCAUACCGCACCCUACUUACCCCAUCCCGGGAGCACGAAGAUGUAUCAUGACCUAGAAGGGUCGUUCUGGUGGCGCGGAAUAAAGAAGGACGUCGCUGAGUUCGUCAGGAGAUGUUUUACCUGUCAGCAAGUCAAAGUCGAACAUCAGAGUCUGAUCGGCCUCCUGCAACCACUUCUGAUUCCGAGGUGGAAGUGGGAGGCAGUCACGAUGGAUUUUGUUACGGGAUUACCGAGGUCGUCUGAACAUCACGACGCUAUUUGGGUCGUGGUCGACAGAUUGACUAAGGUCGCUAAUUUCUUACCCGUUUCGAUGAAGAUGUCUUUGGAUAAGUUGGCUGAGAUAUAUACACGUGGGAUCAUUCGACUCCAUGGAGUGAUCAUUACUAUCGUAUCAGACAGAGAUCCUAGAUUCGUCAGUAGAUUCUGGCACAGUUUACACGAGGCGAUGGGCACGAAGCUAGAGUUCAGUUCAGCCUACCAUCUGAAGACAGAUGGUCAGUCCGAGAGGACCAUUCAGACACUUGAGGAUAUGCUUCGCGCUUUGGUUGUUGACAGCGGUGCUAAGUGGGAGUCGUUGUUGCCGUAUGCUGAGUUCGCGUACAACAACAACUAUCAUUCUUUUAUUCAGAUGGCUCCUUACGAGGUACUUUACGGUCGCAAGUGUCGUUCUCCUCUUUAUUGGGAUGAC